AUUCUGGUUGGAAUAUUGCGAAAAGGAGUUUCACUGUUAACCAAGGAACAACAUCUCAUUCAAGCCGUUCGUUUUAAUUCACGAAAGAAAAAUCCCACCAUGGGGCGACACACUAAGACUAAACAGGAAGACUCCCGGGUUUCUUGCGCUAUGUUCGCUUGCAAUAUUGUGACAGGCCUCCUCUCCUCCCACAAAAUGUUCGCCCAGAAACAAUUAGUUGGAUUGAUGUUUAUGUGUGUCUGUCUCUCAUUGAUUACUCAUGCUUACCCAUGCGGAACGAAUCCGCUCCAAGUCGUUCAAAAAAUAGCCGAUGCCAAAGGUGUGACCUACAAACAAUUACUGUCCAACUUAGAAUUCCGAAGACAAGUAAACUAUCUGUAUAAGAAAUAUGCCAGAUGUGUUGGAAUUGUUGAAACAGGUACUUACAAGCGUUCAAUGGAGCCCCAGUUGUUGCAAAGCAGUGAGAGUUCGAUGAUGGAUCCAAGUAAUUUCCAAGAUCACGGAGACAUAUACCGACGAUCUGACAGUUUUUACAAGAGAGCUUCAUUACUGAAACGUCCUCAAGACACAAACAAUCCGGGACAACCUUUCUACUUCUACAAAUGAACAAGUCGUACUUUUGCCUUAAAUCUAACUAGUUUCCAAGGUAACAAGCCGGAUGAUGAUGUUACUUUCGGAGGAAGUUCAUUAAUCAUCUUCCUGUCCAACAACCAUUCUUCGUUUAACAAGAAACUUUAAAAUCGAUUUACAAAACAACUGUAGGACUUCUUUUGUCAGAAAUUUCACUGAAAAAUAAAAACCAAGUUGGAAAGUUA